AUGGCAGCAGCUACGAGUGCAACACUUGUCGACCAGUCGCGGCUAUCACGCCAGUCACUGGCAAAAUCAAAGAAAAGCAGCGACGACGAAGAAAAUCUCAACACGAAACCAACAACUCCCUCACGCGAACCAUGGCAUCGUCGCCUAAAUCCCCUCCGCUGGGGCGCAAUUCCUCCGAUCCCCGCAGAACGAGCAGUGUGCCCUGAGUACAAUGCCGGUUUCUUCGCAAAACUCACAUUUGCCUGGAUGACGCCUAUCAUGGCGACAGGCUACCGGCGGCCGCUCGAGAACAACGACAUAUGGCUGGUCAACCCGGACCGCGGCCUCGACACACUUUCCUCCAAGUUCAACGCCGCCUUCUCCCACCGUGUGCGCGGUCGGCACAAGUCUCCGCUCGCCGCCGCACUGCACGACACGUUCAAGCGCGAGUUCUGGCUCGGCGGCAUCUGUCUACUCGUCGGGUCGCUGUGCCAAGUCAUGGUACCGUUUACUCUGCGCUAUCUCCUCGAAUACGUCCAAGAGGCCUAUUUCGUCAGCACCGCCGAGAGAAAAACAGCCAAAGAAUUGGGCGAGACGCCUGGACCGCCACUGAGUAGAGGACUCGGGCUGGUGCUGGGCAUCAUGAUAAUGCAAAUCACGCAGAGCAUUGGGACCAACCAGUUCAUCUACCACGGCUUCAUGGUCGGCGCACAGUGUCGCGGCGUCCUGGUCUCCGCCAUUUUCGACAAGACGCUGACCAUCUCGUCGCGCGCCCGCGCUGGCACCACCGCUCCCGACGAAGCUCCCCUCGGAAACGAGAGUCAGUCGGCAGAGAACGUCACCAUGGAGGAGAAGCAGCGCUUCGCGACGCGUUUCUUCGGUGGUCAGAAGGACGCCUCGACGGGAGGAGUCAAGUUACCGACGCACCCGCACCUUCCCGCGCCGGUGCCCAAGGGCGGCUAUUCCAAUGGGCGCAUCACGAACCUCAUGUCGACCGACACGGCACGCAUCGACACUGCCGCUGGCAUGUUCCAUCUCGCAUGGACUGCACCAAUCACCAUCCUGCUGACCCUGACCAUCCUGCUCGUCAACCUUACCUACUCGGCUGUUGCCGGCUUCAGUUUGCUGUUCAUCGGCAUCCCUGCACUGACGCUCGCCGUCAAGUCGCUCAUGCAGCGCCGCAAGCAGAUUAACGUCGUCACCGACGAGCGUGUGUCGUGGACCCAAGAGGUUCUGCGCUCCAUCCGCUUCGUCAAGUACCAUGCCUGGGAGUCUGCUUUCCUCGAGCGGCUACGAGCUCUGAGGAAGACCGAAACGGGUAUGGUGGCGAAGCUGCUUACCACGAGGAACGCUAUCAACGCCAUCAGUGUCAGCAUGCCCAUCUUCGCUGCUAUGCUGUCGUUCAUUGUGUAUAGCGUUACAGGCCAUACUUUGAGUGCCGCCCCUGUCUUUUCCAGUUUGGCCCUGUUCAACGCGCUGCGUGUGCCGUUCAACCUGCUGCCAGUAGUCAUCAGUCAGGUGGCAGAUGCAUUGCAGGCUGUCAAGCGCAUCCAGGACUUUUUGCUGGCAGAAGAUCAGCAGGAGGGCAUCCUGUGGGACGAGAAUUCCCCCAACGGCGUCGAGGUGCGAGAUGCAGACUUCGUUUGGGAGAAAGCCCCGGGACAAGAUGAGGAGGACGAGGCCGACAACGCUGAGAGGGAUCCCUCUACGGAAGAUCUCCCAGAUCAGCCUGUGUUUGGUCUGCCGAACAUGGACUUUUCGGUGGGACGCGGCGAGCUCCUUGCCGUCAUUGGUUCAGUGGGUUCGGGCAAGACUUCUCUCCUAUCUGCCCUUGCAGGUGAGAUGCGCAAGACACGUGGUUCCAUUACUAUGGGUGGCUCUCGCGCAUUCUGCCCACAGGACUCGUGGAUCCAGAACACCACUCUGCGAGACAACAUCCUCUUUGGCAAAGACAUGCGGGACGAUUGGUACCAGAGUGUAGUGAGCGCCUGCUGCCUCAAAGCAGACAUUGACCAGUUGCCUGCCGGCGAGGACACCGAGAUUGGCGAGCGCGGUGUCAACGUCAGUGGUGGACAGAGGCAGCGCAUGAGCUUGGCCCGCGCCAUCUACUCUGACAGCGACAUCAUCAUCAUGGAUGACCCGCUCUCGGCUGUCGACGCUCAUGUCGGCCGCCACAUGUUUGAGCAGGCCAUCUGCGGCUUGCUCAAGGGCCGCUGCCGCAUCCUUGCUACUCAUCAGCUGCAUGUCCUUGACCGUUGCGACAGGAUUCUCUGGCUCGAUGACGGCCGCAUCAAGACCAUUGACACGUACAGCAACCUCAUCAACAAUAACCCCGCCUUCCGCGCUCUGCUCGCGUCCACCAUGUCCGAGAGUGGCCCCGAUAAGUCCAAACUACAGCGUCAGCCUACGGUCAAAGGGCCGCAGGAGACCGAAGCCUCGCGCGAGGAAAGCGGGAACAAGAAGGAGCAAGGCACCCUUAUCACUGAAGAAGAGCGGUCCGAGGGCAAUGUGCCUUGGAGCGUAUACAAGGCCUACAUCCGCUCGUCGGGGUACCUUUGGUUCGGCAUCAUCCCCAUCAUCCUACUCUGCCUGGCCCAAGGCUCCAACACGUUGACCAGCUUAUGGCUCUCGUGGUGGACGUCGGAUCGCUACGGAAUGACCCGCAACCAGUACAUCGCCGUCUACGUUAUGCUUGGCUUCGUUCAAGCAACGCUCAUGUUCGCCUUUUCCGCUGCCGUCUCCCUGCUGGCUGCCCGGGCAUCACGCGUCAUGUUGGACCGGGCCACUACCAAAGUACUCCACGCACCGCAGUCCUUCCACGACGCGCAGCCGCUAGGCCGUAUCGUCAACCGAUUUUCCAAGGAUGUCGACGUUAUGGAUAACCAACUGCCGGACGCGCUACGCAUGUUCAUGUACACGCUUGCCAUCAUCACCAGUGUCUUCACGUUGUUGAUCUACUACUUCCACUACUUCGGCAUCGCCGUCGGCCCGCUGGCCAUCCUUUUCCUCCUUGCCACGGCCUACUACCGCACCUCGGCCCGCCACGUCAAGCGCCACGAAGCCGUCCUCCGCGGCAAGCUCUUCGCCCGCUUCGCCGAGAGCGUCAGCGGCAUCACAAGCAUCCGUGCCUACGCCGCCCAGCCGCGCUUCGCCGCCGCUGUACGCAACGCCGUCGACGACAUGAACUCUGCGUACUAUCUGACGUUCGGCAACCAGCGGUGGCUGGCGACGCGCGUCGACGUCGUGGCCAACGCGGUGGUAGUGACGGUCGGGUUGCUCGUCGUGCUGAUGCGCAACGAGGUCGACCCCAGUAUCUCCGGCGUCGUCCUCUCCUACACGCUGUCGAUCGUGCAGAUGAUGCAGCUGCUGGUGCGGCAGCUGGCCGAAGUCGAGAACGCGAUGAACGCAACGGAGAGACUUCAUGCAUACGGCACCGAGCUGGAGACAGAAGAGCCAGAACACGACAACGGGUCUGACCCAUCCCACAGCAACGCGCCGCCGCAGCUCAACAACUGGCCCUCGGCCGGCGCCAUCACCCUGACCGCCGUCUCGAUGCGCUACCGGCCAGACCUGCCCCUCGUCCUGCGCGACCUCACCCUCUCCAUCCGCGGCGGCGAGAAGCUCGCCAUCGUCGGCCGCACCGGCGCCGGCAAGUCGUCCAUCACCUCCGCCCUCUUCCGCCUCGUCAACCCGCUCGCCGCCGGCCAAAUCGCCAUCGACGGCGUCGACAUCGCGCGCGUCCCGCUCCAAACGCUGCGCAGCCGCCUCUCCAUCAUCCCGCAGGACCCGACCCUCUUCGCCGGCACCGUCCGCUCCAACCUCGACCCCUUCGCCCAGCACGACGACCUGCACCUCUGGCGCGCCCUGCGCCAGGCCGGGCUCGCCGCCACCACGCGCCUCGACGACGCCGUCGACGAGGAGGGCGCCAACUUCUCCGCCGGCCAGCGCCAGAUGCUGGCGCUGGCACGCGCCCUCGUGCGGGAUUCGCGUAUCGUCGUGUGCGACGAGGCGACGUCUUCCGUCGACCUCGAGACCGACGCCCGCAUCCAGCGCGCCAUGCAGGACGCGUUUCGCGGGAAGACGGUUGUGACGAUCGCGCAUCGCCUGCGCACCGUGCUCGGGUACGACCGCGUGUGCGUCAUGGAUAAGGGAGCUAUCGCCGAGCUGGGCAGCCCGCUCGAGCUGUGGGCGCGGCAGGGCGGCAUCUUCAGGGGCAUGUGCGAUCGGAGUGGGAUUGAGAGGAAGGACUUUGAGAGGGCGAUGGCCGGGCCGGCCGAGGAGCACCUGAGGCAGGUGCCUAGGGCGAGGGUGAGGAGGAGCGUGGUGGGGAGCAUCGGUCGGAGUAUGAUGGGCAGCGUGGUAGGAACCGUGAGGGGGGGUGUCAGGGGAAGCGUCAGGGGGAGCGUGAAGGGGAGUAUCAGGUCGCAACAUAGUGUGCGGUCGAAUCGGAGGUGGAGCCAGUUCGGCAUGGGCGGGGUUGACGAGGGCGACGGCAUGUGGGGGAAUAACUUGAACGAGAUGCUGGACGACGUGCUGAAGAUGCAGUGGCGCAUUUAG